UUAAACAACAAUUAAUUACUUACCAAAGUAACUAUUAUUAUGGGGUCAUUCAAGCUCUCAUUUGCACUUGUUUGUUUCUUAACACUAGCCAUUAACCUUGACACAACUCAUGCUCAAAACUCCCCACAAGAUUACUUGAAUGCUCACAACGCAGCACGCGCCCAAGUGGGAGUCGGACCCCUGGCAUGGAAUCCCACUUUGGCUGCAUACGCUCAAAACUAUGCUAACCAAAGGAGGGGGGACUGUAACCUUGUCCAUUCUGGUGGACCUUAUGGUGAGAACAUUGCCAAGGGCAGUGGUGACUUCACAGGUACCGCAGCCGUGAACUUAUGGGUAGCCGAGAAAGCUAACUAUAAUCAUCCAACCAAUACUUGCGCCAGUGGAAAAGUGUGUGGGCACUAUACUCAAGUGGUGUGGCGUAAUUCCAAUCAGCUUGGGUGUGCUCGGGUUCAAUGCACGAAUAAUGGUUGGUGGUUUGUUAUUUGUAGCUAUUCUCCUCCGGGAAACUACAUCGGGCAAUCUCCUUAUUAGUGAACUAUAUAUAGGUGAUAUAUUGUUCGAUCGUUAUAUUUAAGUAGUACUCGUAUAUGAAUAAACGUGUGCUUUAUAUUAUGAUGUAAUAAUAAAGAGUAUAAUAAAAUGAAGUGGAAACAUUAUUGAUUCCCCCCUUAUUAUA